AAGGGAAAGAAAGAAGGAAGCGGUGGCGGUAGAGUGAGGUUGGUUUGGCUUGGCUGCUGUGCUGCGGCUCCUGGUGGGGAGCUCUUCCUCCGGUGAACCGAGCCUUACCGUGAGGCGACUCGCCUGCUGCGGCUGGGGACCUCUCUGCUGCUCCCGGCUCCGGGGGUUCUGCUCCCCGCCGGUGCCCCUGGUCCCUCCGGGAGACGGCAACCCCUGAGGGGAGAGGCUGAGGCUUGGGGGCUGGCGUGUUCCCUCCCGUGCUUUUAACGCCUCGUAGGUUUGUGACAGCCCCCUCCCGUUUCCAGUUCAGGUGCAGGCUCUAGGAUGGCCCUUCCCCGCCUGCUGCAGCUGCUGCCCCGGGCGCUGCGGCCCCAGGCCCGGCCGGGCUGCGGGCGGGCCCUGCACCGGGCAGCCUCAGCGCUGGUACCAGCGGCUCCAGACUUCAAUAGCUUUGUUGCUCGGACCAACACUUGUGGAGAGCUGCGUUCUGCUCACGUGGGACAAGAGGUCACGCUGUACGGAUGGAUUCAGUAUCAAAGACAAGACCUGUUUCUGGUUUUGAGGGAUUUCCAAGGGCUGACCCAGAUCAUCAUUCCACAGGAUGAGAAAAUGCCAACAGGGGAUAUUGAAGUGAAGGUGGAGACUGCAGAGAUCCUAAACUCCUGCAAGAAGCUACCUUUUGAAAUCAAGGAUUUUAUCAAGAAAUCAGAGGCCUUACGGAUGCAGUAUCGCUACUUGGACUUGCGUAGCUUCCAGUUACAGUAUAACCUGCGGUUGAGAUCACAGGUAGUGAUGAAGAUGCGGGAGUACCUGUGUAACCUCCACGGGUUCGUGGAUGUAGAAACUCCAACGCUCUUUAAAAGAACCCCAGGGGGAGCAAAAGAAUUCCUUGUGCCCUCGAGGGAAGCGGGCAAGUUCUACACUCUGCCACAGAGUCCUCAGCAGUUCAAGCAGCUCCUCAUGGUUGGAGGCUUGGACAGGUACUUUCAGGUUGCUCGCUGCUACCGAGAUGAAGGUUCACGGCCGGACAGGCAACCUGAAUUCACUCAGGUAGAUAUAGAGAUGUCAUUUGUAGAUCAAGCUGGGAUCCAGAAACUGAUAGAGGGCCUCCUUCAAUAUUCCUGGCCUGAGGAAAGAGGCUCCAUUACAACUCCUUUCCCCUCCAUGACAUAUGAGGCGGCACUGGCUGACUAUGGGACUGAUAAACCAGACACCCGUUUUGGGAUGAAGAUAGUGGAUAUCAGUGACUUUUUACGAAGAUCAGACAUUCCGUUUGUACAGAAUGCGCUCAGUUACCCACACGGCACUGUCAAAGCCAUUUGUAUCCCUCAGGGAGCGAGAUACUUUAAAAAUAAAGAUUUGGAGUCAUUAAAGGUGUCUGCAAAAUCUCAGUUUAACCAGGAAAUUGUGGAAAUUAUCUGCAGGCCUGAUGGAAGCUUGAAGUCUCUGCUUACAAAGUUUCUUGGGGAGGAGCAGCAGUCGGAGCUCAUCCAAGUGCUGAACAUGCAGGAGGAUGAUGUGGUACUGCUGGCAGCUGGUGAACAUAAGCAAGUGUGCUCUGCAUUAGGAAGCCUACGGUUGGAGAGUGCUGACCUCCUUGAGGCAGCUGGGCUGGUACUCCGUGAUCCUAGGACUUUUCACUUUCUGUGGGUGGUGGAUUUUCCACUUUUCCUCCCCAAGGAAGAGAAUCCCACUGAACUGGAAUCUGCUCAUCACCCCUUCACUGCCCCUCAUCCUUCAGAUACCAGCCUCCUCUAUUCUGAUCCCACAAAGGUCCGUAGCCAACAUUAUGACCUUGUGCUGAAUGGCAAUGAAGUUGGAGGUGGCUCCAUCAGAAUUCAUAGUGCAGAACAGCAGCGUUUUGUGCUGGAGAAAGUGCUGAAGGAGGAUUCUGAGGUGCUUUCCCAUCUGCUUGAGGCUUUGGAGUUUGGAGCUCCACCUCAUGGAGGAGUUGCUUUAGGACUUGAUAGGCUGAUCUCUCUCAUCGUUGACGCUCCAAGUAUCAGAGAUGUCAUUGCUUUCCCUAAAUCCUUCAGGGGACGGGACCUGAUGGGCAACGCUCCAGACUUUGUCACUCCAGAAGAACUAGAGCCAUAUCACAUCCAGGUUUCCUGGCCUCUUGCAGAAAAAGAGGCAAAGAAAAACUGACUUUAAAGCCGAUGAUGUAAGCUGAUGUGCUUAACCAGAGUUGGUUACAGCUUCUAAAUACUAGAAUUCAGUUCAGAAAACAUCAACUGUUAUGGGAGGGUGGGGGAGCAGUACAACCUGCUGUACUAUGACAGUUUCAGGAUUGAAUGGGAAAUAGAUACGAGGGCUCCCUGAUAGGAAUUCACCUUUGGGUUGCUAAUGGGAAAAACUAGAAAAGCAAAAGAACGUAAUUUUAGCAUAGGAUAUUGAGACUGGCUUUGGGUUGUCAUCUUGCAGGGAAGAUAGGAUCUAUUUUUUUCACUCCCCACUUUUUACAUGUUCCUUGUAAAGUAUUUCUCCUCCCAUCUGGAGAAGGUAGUGUCAGCUUCCCUGGCAGGAUGGCUUGUGUUCCUGAGGAUCACUGAAUCUGUUAGCUGAGGACUCUUGCAAUAGAGCAGUGCUGUGCUGGGCCAAGAGCUCCUGACGCUUCAUAGCAAAACUUCUGCACAGCCAGCAUGUUGGAGGAUACAAGAUCAUCUAGAACUUGCCACAGGGAGUUUGUAUUCAGCUGUGUUCUCCCUUCAAAGAGGGAGAGAAGUGUUCAUAACCCUUGUCCCUGUAAUACUUGUUAAAGAGAUGAUGAUACGUCUUUGGGGCCUGUGGUCCUGGUGUUUUUCAGCAUGCUAAUCCUGAAGUUUGUAUGUUUGUAAAUAAACUUUACUGGCAAUGU